AUGAUGCAGAAAGAAGAGAUGAUAAUCAAGGAAGAAGUGGCCGAGCCCAUCCUGCUGCUUUCUGAAGAGAAUAAGCCCGAGGAAAAAGAGGCCAACAGCACAGACGAGGCGCCGCUUGCAAAUGAAGAGCAGAAAGACGAGGCGCCUGCAGAGAUCUCUGCAGAGUCUUUGGAAAAUAUCAAAUAUGUAGAAAGCGGCACCUUCGAAGUCAAUCUUAUAAAAGAGGACGACUGCGAAGCAGCACACGCAGACAUAGACGAGGAAUACGAGGAUGCAUGCUACACGAUACACGACGACUGCGUAGAGUCCGAGCAUGUGCAGACCGUCGAGAAGGCAGAGCCAGAAGUAAAUAGAAUAGAGGCCCAGAGUUCUUCCGUGUCGGUGGUAAGCCUCAGAAAGGACCCAAUAUAUGUCACCUCUGAGUACAUGGAGGGAUUGUCUUUGGUGCAGAAGAACAUUAUCAAAAUGGAGAUGGAGAUAUCUCGGCAGGAGAGCGCAGCCAAGCAGCAGUGGGUCCCAAAGAGAGAGAUCUUGAAGGAGGACUUUAUGUACGUUCCUGUGAAGGGAGGCCUUUGGGUCAAGUCCGAGGGAGCUCAGCAGCCUAGGAAGAAAGUGAGUUUUUUCAGAAAGUUAUUUGCGUGCAUGAACCCGCUUCACAAGGGCGCAUAG